GGGACAAGGAAAGGGCCGAACGUACCCUGAAUUACAUGCUGAAGGAGGGACUGGCUUGGAUCGACACGCAGGAGGGUCGCUCCUUCUGGUUCCCGAGUCUUUUUGCUGGCUGCGCCCAAGCAGCCUGAAUUGUCAUUCAAAGGAUGACUGAAUUAUGGUGCCCAAUUUUGCCCGACUGCUACCUAUCAUGUACAGUGCCCCUCUUACAUGCCUACGUCUGCAACAUAAAAGACCCGAAAAUGACAGGCAAGGUUAUACAGCUUCUCAACUCUAAAUACCCAGAACCAAAUCUGAGCCACCUCAAGAGGGUCAACAGCAAUAAAAAGGAAGGAAAACUGCAGGUGCUGCUGACAGACGACAAACACAAACUUGAUGAGAUUCUGCAGAGUUUCUCUUCCGUUGGUAUCUUGAUCGACGAUCCUUCUUAUGUCCAAGUGCCUGCCGAAAGUGGAAAAACUAAAGAGCAGCACCUGUUUGCCAUGACCCUGUGGCCAGUGGCUGUUUUCACGGCAGACAAGUAUUUGGAGAGUGUCCUCGAGGGAAAAAACUUUUCUUUCGAGCAGAGGAAAGAAAUCGAAAGACUGAUGGGUGUUGCUCUGCAAGCAGCCGAGAAGAGCAGGAAGUUGGGCGGAAAAGGUGUUGGGGCGGUGGUGGCUUUCAGAGGGGAAGUUUUAGGGGUUGGGUGUGAUGCGAGGAACAAACAUCCCUUGAAACAUGCAGCCAUUGCCAUGCUGGACAUGGUUUCGUGGGUUAAACAUGGCCAGAAAGAUGAGGAGCGACCUGAGUGGGCCGGAGAUGACCUAGUCGAGUGCCAGGCUCAAGUUCUCAAGUCUCCAAAGUCCUACUUGUGCACUGACUACGAUGUUUACCUCACAAGGGAGCCUUGCACUUUUUGCGCCAUGGCUCUUUUGCACAACCGCGUCAAGAGGAUUUUCUACGGCUGUCCUUCUGAGGAAGGUGCUUUAGGGACCAGAGAAAAAUUACACACACUGCCUGGCAUAAACCAUCGCUAUGAAGUUUUUGCAAAUGUGCGAGGAAAAGAAUGUGGUGAACUGUUAACUAAGUGUGAAAUGAAACACAAAUGUUUUUCUUAAAAUUGGAUUAAAACUGCUAAAUAAAUUAAUA